UCUAGCCACACCGGACUGAUGAUUAGCCCAUGACUGCAACAGCCAGCUAGGACCACGGAUAUCCCGCAGAGUACUCAAAUGAAUUCGCUCAACUUUAUUUUACUUUUGGUGUGCUUCACGCCAGUAUCACUACAGAACGGAGCAGAGAUUACAAACCUCCAAGGUGAUUUACUAAACUUGUUAGAGAUAAAGGAAAAGCCGAGCGUGGCAAGAAGUAGGUCUCAAGUACCGAAAUAUGUGAUGGACUUGUACAAGGAACAAGCUCAUACAACGGGCUUCACCAAGUUUGGCAAAUCUGCUCCUGGGAAAACCAUACGAACUUUCUUCAGAGACACGAGCGUCAGCGAGGACAAGAGUCGCUUGUACUUCAACUUAUCGUCGCUUAAACCCAAUGAACAAAUAGAGAAAGCAGAGCUGAGAUUAUUUAAGAGACGUUCUAAGCUGGAGAACACUCAUGGUCAUUUUAAGGUGACAGUGUAUCGUUUGAAUCGCCGACCUGUAGAGGGUAACACAAGCUGGAAGAAAAAGUUGACUACAGUGGCUACCAAACAUGUUAAAUGUCGUCGAGUUGGCGGCUGGGUCGUGUUAAAUGUUACCUCAGCUGUGUCGUUUUGGAGUUCUUGGCCAUCACGAAAUUUCGGUUUGUGGAUCUCAGUCAAAGGAAUUGGAAUUCCAACUUCGGAUUUCUUCAUAGCAACUGGUGGUAGGAAAGAGCCGAUCUUGGUCAUUUACGGAGAUGAUAAGGACAAAAAGCAAGACAAAUCGUUGGGACCUUUUAGUGAGAUUCCGAACGAAACAAGGCAUAACGGCGAAGAUAAACACAACAAAGGUAAAGGCAAAAACAAGCAAGACACUUCUGGCAUAAUGAACAGAAGACGCAGAUCUGUGGGAGACGUUAGCUGUGCGAGACACAAACUGUUUGUGAAAUUUCGUGACUUAAACUGGGACAAAUGGAUUAUAGCACCUCGAGGAUUCAGCGCUUAUUACUGCAUGGGUACAUGUCCAGAAGUCAUCGAUAAAUAUUACGAUCCAUCAAACCACGCCAUAAUACAAAACCUCCUUCACCAUCGAUUAAAUAAGAACAUUCCUGCAGCAUGCUGUGUACCCACAAGUUUAAACUCUAUGAGUUUGAUGUAUUUUGAGCUGGAUGGAAGCAUUGUGCUAAAGGAAUACCCUGGUAUGGUUGCAUCGACGUGUGGCUGUCGCUAACAGAGUUAUAGUUUACCAAUAAACCUCGUCUGUAAAUGUCAGUCGAUUUAAAGUGAAAGCACAGAGAACAAAUUAAGUGUCAAAGAACAUAUUUAUAUUGAUAAAAGGUGUUUCGCACCCUAACACGAUAUCGGAAUAUAGUGAAUAAAUUGAAGUAGAGUAUUAUUGUGACCCGAGGCAGAUUCGCAGCGGUUAAUCAAAAGAUUGACAAAGUCAGACAUUUUUUCAGAAUAGUCAGUCUUGCUCGGGUGGUGUAACACGCUAGUUAAAGAUCGAUUGUACCACACAAAUCUCCAGUCAGUGUACGAAAAUUAUCUGUAGACGAAGAGUAAAGAGGAGCUAUAAAUGGAACAGUGUAACCUAUAAAAAGUAUGACCGAUAACUAGCCUGGAGCGGCUGCUACUGUUCAAAGACAAUUUUAUUUAUUUCCGGUCAGGCAGUGAGCCGACGUCUAUUUCUCCAGAAAUUUGCAUUAAUUUCAGACUUAUUAUAUCACGCUUCUGUAAGCAUGAAUUCAAUAAAUUUAAACCCUGCAAAAAAGAGUGUUCCGCCAUCACGUACUACGACUAACAGCUCAUAUUCCUUCUGGUAUUGUCCAAUAAUUCCACUAAGCACUUCACUAUGUUGUCCAAGUCAGUUUGCCAAAAAAAAAUUUAAGU